AUGAAUCGCCUGUUCGGGUCAAAGAAUACGGCACCAAAGCCUAAUCUCAACAGUGCAAUCCAGAAUGCACGUCCCCCACCUGUCGAUACUAGAAUUGACUCGGUCGAUGUGAAACUCGCCAAGAUCAAUGCUGAACUUUCCACCUACCAACAAAAGCUCUCCAAGAUGCGUGAAGGUCCGGGGAAGCAGGCGAUCAAACAAAAGGCUCUGAAAGUCCUGCAACAGCGCAAAAUGUAUGAAAACCAGAGAGCGCAGCUGCAACAGCAGUCGUGGAAUAUGGAGCAAGCCGGGAUGAUGCAGGACAACCUGAAGAACGUCAUGACCACCGUCGACGCGAUGAAGACCACCAAUAAAGCAUUGAAACAGCAGUAUGGCAAGAUCAACAUCGACAAGAUCGAGCAGAUGCAAGAUGAGAUGGCGGAUCUGAUGGAAAUUGGCAAUGAGAUCAAUGAGAGCAUAAGUCGCGCUUACGACGUGCCGGAGGACGUUGAUGAGGCGGAACUGGAUGCUGAGCUCGAAGCGCUCGGUGAGGAUAUGAUGUUUGAGCAAGAGAUGGGGAUUGGCGAAAGCACACCUGGGUUCUUACAGGACGAAGUUGCGCCGCCGCAGUUCGUGGAUGCGCCUCCAGAGCACACGAAGGUCAAGGAGGCCGCGGGUGGUGUCGGCUAA